AUGGCUGUUACCAAGUCUAACAAGAUUGUCGGCACUGGUGCCUCCAAGGGCACUUCCAAGGGCAACAGCUUUUUCAUCGACUUCUCUGGCCCGGCCAGCGACAAUGUUUUGGACGGCGACGCUUUUGAGAAGUUCCUGCACGACCGCAUCAAGGUCAAUGGCAAGGCCGGCCAGCUCGGCGAUGUCGUGCAGAUCGUGCGUGAGGGUGAGGGGAAGAUCUGGGUUAAGACCACGAUUCCCUUUUCGAAGCGCUACCUUAAGUAUCUGACCAAAAAGUUCCUUAAGCGUGCCGAGCUCCGCGACUGGCUCCGUGUCGUUGCGACCAGCAAGCCCGGCUUCGAGAUCAAGUUCUUCAACGUCUCGUACGAUGACGAAGAGGCCGAGGAGACCGAAGAGUAA